GCCUCAUCUUUAUUCUUCAUCCUGUGAAUUUACUAGUUGUCAAUGUCAUUAAAACAUGGGACAGCCGACGUGAAGUAAAAGAACAAGAAGCUUCAAGCAACAGCUGGGUUUUUUUCUUUAUAAUUUCACACAAGAUUUCAUGUUUAUUUUUCUAUAACCAAGUUAAAUAAUUGAUUUCGACGAAUAAGGAAAGGCGUCGCUCAGGAGAAACGCAUCAUGAAAAAAUUUCGAGCCCACAGUCUUUUCAUUUAUGUCUGUUAUAUAAGCGUUGCAGCAGAGGAGAAUUUACAAAAGCAAAUGCAAGAUAAACUGGACAAGGAAUAUAAAAUGCAAAGACAGAAGAAAGUUAUUCGUGUUGACAAAGUAAUGCAGAAACACAUCUUCCAGAAUGUGAGAAAUCCAUUCGAUGAAAAGAAGAAUGAAAAACACGUUUUUCGUAACGAUGACAAACCAAAUAUUAAGUGGUUCGACAACAAAUUUAAUAUCAACUUCCCCACGAGUAAUCAUCUUCACCAGCCAUUUCAUAUACGACAUGCACCCAUUCCGUCGAUAGGUGUUCCGUGGCCAAAACCACAAAAAAUCCGCUCCAGUAGUGACUCUUUAUAUAGAAUCAAAACACUGUCUGCGAAAACAAACUUGACAAAAUGUGAUUUAUUAUCCAAAGCGGUUAAACGAUACAGAGACCUAUUUUUCACUUGUCACAACGAACACUUUAUCAAUAAUUUGUUGAACGUACACAAUGCUAACUUUACAUUUCCAAUACAAAAGCCAAGUCUCGAGUAUUUGAUGUCUCAGCCAGAGAUUUCAAGACUUUAUUUAUUAGUUAUGACUUGUCCGUCAUAUCCUACCAUAUCAUCGGACGAGUCAUAUACACUAAAAACAUCGAGCAAGGGAAUACAGAUAAAAGCAAAUGAAGUGUGGGGCGCCAUUAGAGGUUUAGAGACUCUCAGUCAGCUUAUAAUCUGCAUCAAUAACACUCUUAUUAUCAAAAGGACAGAGAUUACAGACUAUCCUCGAUUUCCACACAGAGGUAUUUUAAUAGAUUCAGCAAGACAUUUCAUGAGCAAAACGACGAUGUAUCAGAUGUUGAGUGCUAUGGAGAUGAAUAAAAUGAACGUUCUUCACUGGCACUUAACAGAUGACCAGUCUUUCCCAUUUCAGAGUCAAACAUUUCCUGAUCUCAGUGGAAAGGGGUCUUAUCAUCCUUCCCUAACGUACACCCCAGAAGAUGUUCGAGAUAUCAUUGAAUUUGCUAGAGUCAGAGGAAUACGAAUUAUCCCAGAAUUUGAUGUACCAGGGCAUUCUUUUUCGUGGGGGUAUGGGCAUCCGGAAUUACUGACUCAAUGCUUUGACAAACGAGGUCCUAUAUCGGGACACUUUGGACCCAUGAACCCGGCAAAAAACAACACAUACACGUUUCUUUCAAAGUUUUUCAAAGAAAUAUUGAAAGUUUUUAAAGAUCAAUACAUUCAUCUAGGAAACGAUGAAGUACCACUGGCGUGUUGGAAUUCUAAUCAAGAAGUCCGCCAAUUUAUGUCGAAGAUUAAUCAUAUCUCCAAUUUUAAAAACGAAGGAACAGCAGCCUGGAAUUUCUUCACAGGAAGAUUAAUCCAAUCGAUUAAGAAUGUCUUUACCCAGAGAGAAAAUGGUGUUAAAUUCAUUCUAUGGCAAGAAGCUUUUCAGUCGAAUUUAAACAUUCCCGGUGAUGCAAUUGUCCAAGUAUGGCUUGGUCCACAAUCUCUGGUCGAAGAAGUGACCCGACGAGGAUAUCACGCCAUAGUUUCUUCCUGCUGGUACAUCAAUAUGAUCAAAUAUGGCGUAGUGUGGCCAGAGUACUACUUGUGUGACCCGGUCAGUUAUAGUUUCCGAGGUGAUAAGAGCCUAGUUUUGGGUGGAGAGGCAUGUCUUUGGAGUGAAUUCAUCACCAGUGAGACCGCUGUCGGCGUGCUAUGGCCUAAGGCAUCAGCUGUAGCAGAGAGGCUGUGGAGUGAUCAGUCAUUGAGGGAUGUUAAUGAAGCAGCUCCUAGACUAGAGGAACAAAGGUGCAGGAUGUUAAGACGAGGUCUCCCUAUUGGGGAUGUUAGUGGACCAGGUUUUUGUAAUGUUAAAGCCACUGCAAAUCCUACCUUUCACAAUGAUAAUAUGAAAGGGCAAAAACAUAAAUCAAGAAGUUCAGCCAAUAUACAGAGUGUUUACUAUGUUUCCGCGUGUCUACUUUUGGUGGGGAUGUUCCUAUUUACGUUUUUCCUGCAAAAAUUCAAAACAAAGAUGAAAUCGGGAUGUUUUGAUACGCUUCCAAGAUUAAUGGGCCGCUAAACAGCAUUUAUACUGAAGGGAAUUCUCCACAGCUUCAAGUCAUGCCAAAGGCUUCCAUUACCAAUGGUCAGGUGUAUGUAUUUUGUGGAAAUCUUUUGAAGAGACGUCUGCAUAAAGAAGAAGUAUAAAUUCUUGAAGGAUAACACAAUCAUGCAGAAAAUAAGAAUGGAAAAUGAAAUCGCUUAUGUGCACACAGUACUUGUUCUGUUGUCCAAAUAUUUAUAAACAUUUUGCUUGCCAGUUUAAUUGAUAACAAAUCUUAGUUAUUUGCGGAAAUGUUAUUGAUUUUAGAUUGUACAAUUGUGUUGUGUUUUUUUUAAAGUGAUAUAUUAAAA